GCUCCGUCUCCCGGUUGCUAAGAGACGGGGCUUCCACAAGCCUGACGGUGGUUCUUCGGCUUCUUUUCCUCCUUUUUUCCACUUCAGCAUCUCCGAAUCCAUGUCGGACCAAGAAACUGACGGCUUGCGAAGCACCUUUCCUUCUUACAUGGCGGAGGGCGAGCGGCUCUAUCUCUGCGGGGAGUUCUCUAAAGCCGCCCAUAGCUUCAGCAACGCUCUUCACCUUCAGAAUGGAGAUAAGAAUUGCCUGGUGGCCCGUUCAAAGUGCUUCCUGAAGAUGGGAGAGUUGGAGAAGUCCCUGAAGGAUGCUGAGGCUUCACUCCAGGGUGACCCGACUUUCUGCAAGGGGAUUUUACAAAAGGCCGAGACCCUGUACACUAUGGGAGACUUUGAGUUUGCCUUGGUCUUCUUUCAUCGAGGUUAUAAGCUGCGGCCUGAUCGGGAAUUCAAAGUUGGAAUUCAGAAAGCCCAGGAAGCCAUCAACAACUCAGUGGGAAGUCCUUCUUCAAUUAAGCUAGAGAACACAGGGGACCUUUGCUUCCUAACCAAGCAAGCUGAGAGUAUGAAAGCCGAGCAGAAGCCUCAUCCCUCGAGACACCUCCUACAUCACCCCAAGAGAGAGUCCAAGCGGAAGGGCUCACUCAAGAGUGAGAAGAUUGUCCGCCAGCUCCUGGGCGAGCUCUAUGUGGACAAGGAGUACCUGGAGAAGCUCCUACUGGACGAAGACCUGAUCAAAGGCACCAUCAAGCAUGGCCUGACCGUGGAGGACCUCGUCAUGACGGGCAUUAACUACCUGGAUACCCGCAGUGACUUCUGGAGACAGCAGAAGCCCAUCUAUGCCAGGGAGCGGGACCGGAAGCUGAUGCAGGAGAAAUGGCUGCGGGACCGCAAACGCCGUCCAUCUCAGACAGCCCGUUACAUCCUCAAGAGCCUCGAGGACAUCGACAUGUUGCUGACCAGUGGCAGUGCUGAAGGGAGCCUUCAGAAGGCUGAGAAAGUGCUGAAGAAGGUGCUGGAAUGGAACAAAGAGGAGGUGCCCAACAAGGAUGAACUGGUUGGAAACCUGUACAGCUGCAUCGGGAAUGCCCAGAUUGAGCUUGGGCAGAUGGUAGCAGCCCUGCAGAGCCACAGAAAGGACCUGGAGAUCGCCAAGGAAUAUGACCUUCCUGAUGCCAAGUCGAGAGCCCUCGACAACAUUGGCAGGGUUUUUGCCAGAGUUGGGAAAUUCCAGCAAGCCAUUGACACGUGGGAGGAGAAGAUCCCUCUGGCAAAAACCACCCUCGAGAAGACCUGGCUCUUCCACGAGAUUGGCCGCUGCUACUUGGAGCUGGACCAGCCCUGGCAGGCCCAGAAUUACGGCGAGAAGUCCCAGCAGUGUGCCGAGGAAGAAGGGGACAUCGAGUGGCAGCUGAAUGCCAGUGUUCUGGUGGCGCAGGCACAAGUGAAGCUGAGAGACUUCGAGUCGGCCGUGAACAACUUUGAGAAGGCCCUGGAGAGAGCGAAGCUCGUCCAUAACAACGAGGCACAGCAGGCCAUCAUCAGCGCCUUGGAUGAUGCCAACAAGGGCAUCAUUGAAGAGCUGAAGAAAACCAACUAUAAAGAGAUGCUCAAAGAUAAGAAAGAGAAAGAAGAGGCUGCUGAGCUGGAUGACACACCAGUGAUGGCAAGGGAGAAGGAAACGACGAGAAGAGGGAGAGACGAACCUGAGAAGGUGAUGAAGCAGUGGGAAAGAGAGCCAGUUGAGAAUGACAGAGAGACAGAAUACGAGUCGUCUAAGGAAGCCCUGAGGAUCACAGUGAAUGGACAAGAAGAAAACAGGUGGAGAGAAGUAGAAAAAGGCAGCUCCUUUAGGCAAAUGGAACUGGGAGCGAUGGGGAGAGAUUCAGCAGACAUUGCCAAGAGGCUGUCCGGAGAACUAGGCCUAAGGUCAGGAGAAGCAGGCAGGAAACUACCAGAACUGAGCAGAAGGGAAUCAAGAGAAAUUUACAGGAGGCCUUUAGAGCUGGAUGAGAAACCCUCAGAAGAAUUAAGCAGAAGGGAAUGGGAGGGACCGGAGAGGAGACUUUCAGAAGCCGGCAGGAGAGAGUUAGAAGAAUUGGGGAAAACAGCAUUGGGAGAAACUGGAGAAAUGAAAAAAACAGAAAAUGGUGAAACAACGGAAAAAGACGAAAAGGAAGACGAAUGAAGCCAUCGCUAGCAGGCGCUAGCCUCACCAGGCUGGCGUUUGCAGGCACCGUGGGGAUGGCAGGAGACCGGACUCUCAAGCUGAGAUUUGUCUUUCAUAGGAGAAAAUGUGGCCCAGGCCCCACAUGUCACCUCUGCCCCUUUCUGUCACUGUUCUCCCUCUAAAUAGAUCCAUUUCACUCUCACAA